UUCAAGUUCUGUAUAAAGUGAGAGAGUGAGAAGGCCUUACAUAAAUAAUUGAAAUUCUCUUAGCAAAGACAGUAAAUCAAUAAUUCACUUUGAUCAUUUUGUACUUUUUCUAAAGCUCAUUGUUGUUUAAGGUCAUUAUAAUCUGACUAUACAUUAACUGUUUAAGUGAAAAGCUCAAAUUUACCAGAGAGAAGUGUAUAUAUUUACUUAACGAGAUUUGGUUGGUUCAAAAUGGGGAGGACGACAUGGUUUGACGUCGACGGGAUAAAGAGGGGAGAGUGGACGGCAGAGGAAGACCGGAUGCUCGUCGCUUAUAUCAACAAAUACGGUGUCAGGGACUGGGGUGCCCUGCCUAAGAGAGCCGGUCUGCAUAGAUGUGGAAAGAGUUGUAGAUUAAGGUGGCUGAAUUAUCUGAAGCCUGGUAUUAAAAAAGGCAAGUUCACUGCUCAGGAGGAAGAAGAUAUCAUCAAGUUUCAUUCCCUUCUUGGAAACAGGUGGGCAGCAAUAGCAAAGCAAAUGCCAAACCGAACAGAUAAUGAUAUCAAGAACCAUUGGAACUCGUGUCUUAAGAAAAGACUCCGUAGAAGUGGGAUAGAUCCGAUGACCCAUGGGCCAAUCAAAACCACUUCCUCAACCAGGUCGUCUCCAGCACGGAGACAUUCUUCUUCUACUAGUUCUUUCUCUCUUUCCUCCACAGGCUCUGUACGUCUACUUAACAAGCUUGCUGCUGGAAUCUCCUCGAGGAAAUUUGGACUCGAUAGGAUCAAGACUGUGAUGAUAUCUUCGGAACCAAGACAAGUCGAUGACGAAGAGAAGGUGAUGAUAGGCAGCAAGAAAGAAGAGGAGAGAGUGAUUGGUUGUUUCAUGGAGAUUGAUAAGAAUCUGAUCAGUACGAUGUCGUUAGAUGAGUUGCCUUGUGACUCUGCUACUACUACUGCGACGACUGGCUUCGUGGCUGCUUUCAGUGACUACUCAUUAAUUGAGUCUUACGAUUUACACGGUCGGUCCAGAGCUUAACGAGGCUCAUACAAAAUAAAAUAUUUUGUCUAUUAUCAUAAAAAUAUUACAUGAUAUGCAAAAACUUAUUUGCUAUAACCUUUUUUGUAAAGAUAAACAGCUUUUUAUUUUUUGUAUAUUCAUAUUUACAUUGUUUUGUAAGUUUGUAUGUAUAAAAUAUAUUAGUUGUAAUAAUGCUUUGUUACCAUAUUACUGAUUAAAUAAAAAAAUAUAUAUUUUAUUUUA